AAAAAAAUUGAGGAGGAAGUAUUAAAAAAAAUAGGUGUGUCGUAAAGGAAAAUGGAUAUUUUAUCUUUUGUUACAUUCCUGAAUGUCAUCCAUGUCUCUAUUGCUAGAGAUCCAUACAUGUGUGGUACUGGACUUUGCUGCAGCGGUUAUUUUCUAAAAGGCAAUAUAUGUACAGAAUGCCCUCCUGGAACAUACAGUAGUAACUGUAGUGAAGAAUGUCCUGAAGGUCGUUAUGGAAGUAGAUGUAGGAAAUUAUGUCCAUCUGAAUGUGCCAGCAACUGCAGCAAAUCAACAGGGGAAUGUCAGGUUUAUACAGAGAAUAACCCUGACAAAACUCCAGCCUUAAAGAAUAACACCACUACCCAGCCUGAUACACAUAAAAACACUACCCAUAUCAGUAUUGAGAAAAAGAUAGAGGACUUUCUGAAGGAUAAGCUAUGGAUCAUUGCUGGAGCCACUUGUCUUCUUGUUAUCAUUUCAUGUUGUUGUAUUGGACUUUUCUUCUUGUGUAAGAUUUG